AUUUCAUUGUGUGUGCACACGGCUGGUUUGCGUGCGUGUGUAUAGGUGCGGGCUUAGGUCAGCAUUACCAAUUUCUCGAGUUCUUGGGUACUCCCUUUGCAACGAUACCUCCACUCUUGGAUACUUCAUCCCGCCGACAAGUAAUUGGAGCACAAUUUACCUCAACGGGGGUGCCAGACUGUCGGGACUGCAGUGCACACAGCUGAUGCGUUAUCGAUACCGAUCCACCGAUAGUAGUCAAUCCAAUACAAUUGCAAUUCAUUUAAAUAUGAAGGAUUCCAAGAAAAAAUCUCGCAAAAUGGUCAAUAAGCACAUGGAAGCAAAGGAUUCGCAGAAAAAGAAGACCAUAGAGUUGCUGCACGAGUACAACGACCUGAAGGAUGCCACGCAACUAGUCCUUGGAGCCUUGGCGACCCUUAAAAGCGUUCCUAUCCGGUCGGUUUAUUCCACCUACAACCUCCCCGUAGAAGAAUAAAAAUGCGGAUUUUUUACUGUAGUCUUUAUGUACUUGUUGUAAAUAACUUGUAAUACAACCAAGUGCAUGUAAAUGCCUCCUGGUUGGGCAGUUCUUUUUAGUCUACCACUAAUAAAUCCACCUAAAACUA